AUAACUACUUCCGGGUCGGUGGAUGACCUUGAGCCCUGCGGAGCGAGAUGGCGACUCUCCUGAGGCUGGGUGUCCUUUGCGGGAGCCAGGGAGGCCGAGCUGUGUUCCUCCGAAGCCUGGUGGUGAGACCUGCUCACGCCUCAGCAUUUCUGCAGGACCGACCUUUCCCGGGAUGCUGUGGAGUGCAGCACAUCCACCUGUCACCAAGUCGCCAUGCUGGUUCCAAGGCUGCGUCCCUCCACUGGACUGGUGAGAGAGUUGUCAGUGUUUUGCUCCUGGGUUUGCUUCCAGCUGCUUAUCUGAAUCCGUGCUCCGCGAUGGACUACUCCUUGGCUGCAGUGCUCACGCUCCACAGUCACUGGGGCCUGGGACAAGUUGUUACUGACUAUGUUCAUGGGGAUGCACCACAGAAAGCUGCCAAGGCGGGCCUGCUGGCUCUCUCAGCUUUAACCUUUGCUGGGCUUUGUUAUUUCAACUAUCAUGAUGUGGGCAUCUGCAAGGCCGUUGCCAUGCUGUGGAAGCUUUGAUCGUCCCAACUUACUGCCUUAAGAAUUGAUUGUAGGCCUCUGCUCCGUCACGCAUUCAGCUCACCAAAAGGAGGAAGUAAUAGGUUAAGGCCAUGGUGUAUAAACUUCUUGUUUCAAUCACAUGGUUUUUUCAGAAUUUACUUACUGAGAAAAAGACUUGAGAAGAAGUGGAUCUAAUCAGUUGUGAGGCUGAGUUCUGUAUUCUGGUGAGUUGUCACCCGGCUUCUCAUGAGACUCACAGAAUAAUUAAGCAUUGUCUGUAAGCUUUUGCCUUUUAAUUUGUCAAUCUCUUAAAGGGAACUGAGCUUUACUGCUAUUAAUACAGGAUCAAACUCUUUAUAUUUAUCCCAGGAAUAAUGGGCAAAGGGAAAGACUGUUAAUUCAUGAGUAAAGACUGUGGAAAAUUAGGCUGUUGAAUGUUUGAAACUUCCUUCUUAGUGAUAGCAGCUACAGGUGGCUUACCUGGGUUACAUGUCCCAGGGAAACCUGUGGUUAGGAAAUGCUGAGAACGCACAUUACAGAUUUCUAAAUCCUAUGAAGAAGCGCUUGGAGGACUGCAAGUAGAGAGUUUCCACUAGGGAAGAAGUCCCCCGAGAUGCAUUAAAAUACUUCAGAUUCUAAGCUGAGACUGAAUGCUCACAUAUGUUUGACUUGUCCUAAAAUAAAUACAAAGCUGUAAUUGUUUUUACCAUGUCAAUCUUGAGAAAGUGCAUAUUUGAAAAAAAUUUUUAACUAAUAAAAUACAUAAUAAAAAGUG